AUGUACCAGGUAAUAAGUUUGGCUAUAAGCAGAGAUGGGGUAUGUUCGUGUGUGGGUUUGACAAAAACUGAUUGGAACUGCAAGCCCGAAUGGCCGUGUCUUGUCAAAAGAAAGCACUUGGAAGACUAUCUGUCCAACCAUCUCAAAUGCAUCGGAAGUAAAAAACCCGACCGCAACUUUGAGUUUCACCCCAAGUACCACUGGCCAUCGGAAUUUGCAUAUGAAUUCAUUCCUUCUGCUUCUUUUGCAUUCCCGUCUCUGAAAGACAACUAUGCGUUACAAGGAAAGGAAAGGAAAAAAAUAUGGUGCUAUGAAAAGUCGUAUGAAAAAGCCAGGCAAUUGAAACCCGCAGAUGCGCGAUUGGCCGCGGCUCCCCGAUCGGGUCGUAGCUUACUUUAUCACCGUGUUCGACCUUGCAUUUCCCGAUGGUCGAUUAAGUUUUAG